GGAAAACAAAAUUCAAGAGCAAAGGUUGUUAGCUAGAUCAUAUUUUCCAAUCGAACUAGGUUCAACCAGAUGGUCGAACCCAACUAGCAACCAUGCUUUGUCCCAUCUGACUCUUGAUCCGUAACUAAUUUCAAAUUUUUAUUUAACUAUAAUAUGGUUCCGUCCACUUUUUUUUUUUUGGAGCUUUUUCCCCGUUUUGAAAGGAGAAUGGAAGUGGGGGAAGGGAGAGUGAGAGAGAAGCUAACAUCCAAUUGUUCCAUAGUCAACUCCGCCCCAUGGGGAUUCGCCCCUCUAUAAAUAUCCCACAACCCCUCUCCCAUUUGGCUCUUGCUCUCUUCCUUUCCUUUCCUCUGCCUUCUUUCUCAAUUCCUUCUUCUUCGGUUUCUGGUUUCCAUUUGUAAUUUUCUUUUGGAGCUGUUCGUCUUCAAUUGUCUCCUUUCAAUUUUGGUUAGGUCAAUUAUUGUUGUUGUUGGCGACACACAGACAAGGUAUCCAGGUAGAGAGAUACAGAGAGAGACUUUUUUCUUCUUUGCAGGUCGGCCGUCCAUUUGCUUCCUUCCUCUCCAGAUCAAGUGAGAUUUUCAUUUCUCUCUCUUCUUUUCCUUUCUGGUUGUUUGUUUUGUUUCUAUCAAUCGCAACUCAGAUCCGAGUGAGUGAUUGUUUAUGUUAUCCCCCUUCCUCUUCCCUUUUCCCUUUUUGUUCUGAUCUAAUAAGUGUACCGUGAAUUUAAAGAAUCCUUUCAGCUUUAUCCUGUUUAGAUAAUGUUUUAUUAGAUUUGAUACUAGUAUUGUUAUUUUUAAUUUCUUUUAAGUCAGUAUGAGCUCUCAAGAAUCGGUUUCAUAUACACUGGAUCUGCACCUGACCCUGAUGAUCAUUCCUGUAUUUUCUGCCUACCCAACAACCAAUUCCCCACAUCCCAAAUCACCCAUUUCCCCAUCUGAAGCUGGGGUUGCUCCCUCCGCCUUUGUCCUGAACAACAACCUUUUGAGAAAUUAUUCUCUGGCAACCGGAUUUGGGAGUUACAGAAGGCAACCCAUUUGACCAAUUUCUCGCCUUCUGCAGAACUGCGUUGAAGGACGUGUGAAAGUCGAGAGCUUUUGAAGUGAAAGCUGAAAGCAGCAAUGGAAGUUUGUGGCAAACCCAUGGUUACGGUACCCGGCAAUGUCAUUUACCUGUCCACCAUUCUGGGGCGUGAUGGGUCGGUUCCUGUUCACAAAUGUGAUUGGAAGUGUCGGAAUGAGCACGUCUGUGGUAACAUGUACCUCUGCAAGCUAACUGCUCUCACUCACAUCUGUGACAAGAAUUGUAACCAGAGGAUCUUGUACGAUAACCAUACCUCUCUCUGCCGGGCAAGUGGCAAGAUGUUCCCUCUCUCGCCUUCUGAGGAGCAGGCCGUCAGAGGAGUCCGGAGGAAGAUCGAUGCUGAGACCUCUCCUCCAGAUACCUGUGCUUUUAAGCGCAGGAGGGAGGCUUUCCAUCCUUCACCCUUCAAGAGAGCUUUUGCUGCUGCUGUCCCCAGUCCAAUCUGCAGUCAAGUCGGAGAUGGCAUGGAUUUGAGCUAGAUGUUAUCUGUCAAAUAACUGAAGUGACUCUUUGCUCCUUACGCUUAUUAUGUCUCUUUACUUCUAUUGCCUUUUUCUUUUUCUCUUCCCCCCUUUACUUUCUUACUUUAUCCUGUGGACUGAGUAUCGAUUACUAAGCUUAAUGCGGGGACUUCAAUGGUGGACUUGAUGUGUCCUCCUUGCUGUAGGAACUCUAUUUCAGAUUAUGUUUAAUGCAAUUUAGCACUUCUUAAGCGUAGGUUAUCUUAUGGAGGAUUCAUUAUGAAUAAAGCUGAGUUUAGUUUCAUGAGUCUUAUGUUUGAGCCUAACUGUAGUGAUUGAUGGAUCCGUUUUGGUUGGCGUGAACCUAUUAUGGUGUCUUUUCCCGGCUUUGUAAUUGCUUUUCAUAGUUACAUAGAGUGUUUUUCUGUGUGUGUGGCUGUUUCUAGCUUCUUUAGUGGAUUAUCACAUAUAUGUAACACUUGAUGGAGGCAUCUCUUAAUAUGUGUCUAUUAACUUCAGAUUCAAUUGACUUAGUGUGUAGUCUGGCUUUUGGUUUCAUAUGAUACAGGCUAUGUCAGGUUCUUCAAAUGAAAGGCCAGUAUCAUAAUGAUCUGGUAGAAGUUUGGAUUUUUCCUUGUGAUAUUUCCACUGAUUUAUGCAGGGCUUGAAAGGCUAACUUGCUUCAUUUCGUAUGUAUUAUUGUUUAAUUUCUUUGUCUAACUUGGUUUUGUGCAUGUUUUUUUUUGUUUUGUUUUUGAAGUAAAUUUCAAUUUUGCAGGGGUUCUAAGUGUGCAAUUCCCAAGUUUUCAUUUGCUCACUGUGUUUCAUUAUGUUUCUUAUAAUAAAAAGCUGAUAUCCAUCCCACUGUUUUAUAUCUGUCCAUCUCAUUUGGUUUUUUCUUUCUGUGCAGAGGAGAGCAUCAGAAUGACAGAAUGUGCUACUGGAAGGGCAAGGCUGAGGAAAGUAUAUGUUCUUUGAUUCAUCUUGCUGCUAUUUGGGUGCUGCAGCGACUGAAACCUUGGAAUAUUCCUUCUGGUUGGUUAAAAUCUGCAUCUUACCUUGCUAUCUAUGCUUGUGCCGAGAGAUUUUCUGGGGUUUUAAUCAUUUUUAAGCAGGUACAAUUAUUCUGCUUUACAAACCAAGUGGUUGGCAUCUCAGCUGAAUGGGGCCAGCGAUACUCAGAUAUUUACUCUUCUCUUACCCUUAUUUCAGCAUCCAUAUUUUCUGUGUUAUGGUAGGGAAAGGGUGGUUUAUCAGGUUAGUGAUAAUUAAGUGGCUAAUGGUAAUAGGUUUUCUUCAACUCAAUACAAUUUCAUGGAAGGAUUGGUGUGGAGUUGUGAAAUGAACAAUCAACCUUUGUUCUGUUGUUGUUUCAGCUUGCCAGACUGGAAAUGGGAAAUGAAUGUUUGUUUCUUAUUGAAAUGCAUCUUUUCCAGCUGAAAUACUCAAUCCCAUAUGUUGAGCAUUUGAGAGUUGAGUAACAUGGAUAUAACUCUAUGGUGGAACUGUUGUCGGUGAUUCACUACUGAGAGGAGGAUGGCGAUCUUUCCACCCAAAAAAAAAAAAAAAAAAAAAAAAAAAAAGAAGAAGAAGAACAAGAAAAAGAGAAGACGGUGGUGAAGGUUAUCGUUACAGGUAUGAGCUGCCUGUUGCAUUUGGCAGAUAGACCAUUCUUUAAACUGGCAGUGAUGCUGUCAGAGAAAUCUGUUUCAGAGGUAAUGACGAUUCAUUGGAGGCACAUUUUUGGAGCCAGGUCAGGGAAUCUGCUUUUAACUUUUGGCAUGAUUGUGGGGCUCAAUUUUGUGUUCUUUCUUGCGCUUGUUAGUGGAAGCUACUAAUGGUUUGGCUUAUUCAAACUAGGUUGGCCGAAAGAAAUGGCUGGUUCGUAUCCUAUUCAUCGUGCAUAAAGUACGGGUGAAGUUGACUGAUCGUACUCCAGAAGAUCCCUUUGAACUGGGAGCUCCGAAGGAUAGGAUGAUGUGGUUUGGCCUGGAAGUCUACAAGUGCCUAGGCUUUACGGGUCUGGUCACACUAUAGGAACUGGCUGGUCUGAAGUUCCCAGGUGUGAGUGGUGUCCCUGCUAGUAUAGUUUGCAAUCAGCGUGUGCAUGUCACUUUGGUGAUCAACAAGACGAGAACUCUUAUUGCUUUUUGUUUACUCUCAAGCGAGCUGGUGUUGCAUUUUUAAAUUGACAGACAACAUUCUGAUUCAUCAAUUUUGAGUCUUGUCACAAGGUUUGAUCCUACUUCUCUCCCUUGGUUCCAAGUUGCUGAGAUGCGCCAAGCAGAGCUGUGAUCUGAUCGUUUUAUGUUCUGCUAACAGGAAGGAUCCUACUUCUCUCCCUAGGGUGGAUUGUUGGUGCUGUGGAAGAGUUUUGACUGCUGGCUGCUGGAUAGCGAGAGAGCAGGAGCGGAUCUUUAAAGCAUCUUCUUUCCUGAUUGUUAUAGGCUUAUAGCCUUAAUAGGAUCUUGACACAUUCAAUAAUGUUGCACUGGCCACGUGUCUGUGCGUACUUGUUUGUAGCGAAAUUAGGCAGAGGAAUCGUUUUGCGUUAGUUUGUUUGUCUAUUUGUGUACUGUUUUAUCCAGGCAGGAUCAUGAGAGAACGAUGACUGGAAUAUGAGAGAACGAUGUUGAUUAUGAAUGAUGGAAAGUGCGCUACCCAGAAGCCAGAAAUGGAUGGGCUCAUCUCAUAGGCAUUAUUAACAACCCCAUCACUCACACUAUUCAGCUAAUCUACUGUACCAGACCACAUAGUCAUGGCCACAAGGCCAUUCACAUAUCUCAUAUUAACCAGUUAUUUUCAAGGAUUAAAAAAUCGUAUCGUAC